AGCUAUCGGGAAAAGUCUUAAACGGUUGCAUUUUUCUAGGUUUCUGCUUUCCAAUCGAAUCUCUGCAACAAUGGCGUCCUCACUUGCUCUGAAGAAGCUCGUCUCCUCCUCUCUGCUUCCCAGCUCUCUUCGCAUGGUUCGCCCGAUGGGAGCCGCCACUCCGUCUGCCUCCCGUCUCUUCAACACCAACGCCGUCCGCAAUUACGACGAAGACGGAGACGAACGCCAGAUGGAUGUCGAUCGUCGCUCUCGCCGCCCGUUCCCGCGCGGCCGCGACGAUUUCCUCUCAGAGGUAUUUGAUCCGUUCUCGCCGACGAGGAGCUUGAGCCAGGUGCUGAACCUGAUGGACCAGUUCAUGGAGAAUCCCCUGCUCUCCCCGGCUCGCAGCGCCGGAGGCGGCGGAGUCCGGCGGGGCUGGGACGCUCGCGAGACGGAGGAGGAUCUGCAGCUGCGCGUGGACAUGCCUGGGCUGGGGAAAGAAGACGUGAAGGUCUCGGUGGAGCAGAACACCCUGGUGAUCAGGGGCGAAGGAGGGAAGGAAUCGGACGACGAGGAGAGCUCGAGGAGGUACUCGAGCAGGAUCGAUCUGCCGGAGAAGAUCUACAGGACGGAUCAGGUCAAGGCGGAGAUGAAGAACGGAGUGCUGAAGGUAACGGUGCCGAAGGUGAAGGAGGAGGAGAGGAAGGAUGUGAUUAAUGUCAGCGUUGAUUGAUUACCGCGCGCUGGUGUUUUUCUUUUGCAGAGUGAGCACUUUCAAGGGUUUAGGGUUUUGUCCGAAUAAACGAAGCUGUGAAUGUCGACUUCUAAUAGUGUUUUGGAUGGAAAUGUGAUUUAGUGUUCAUCUUCGUAGACGCCAUUAAAGUU